UCUCUCUUCCAAUUCAGCCUCAGCCUCAAAAAACUGAAAAAAAACCCAGUAGCCUUCCGAAAGUCAUCCAGAUUCAGAGGAGGUGCGGAAAUUUUCUCUGAGAACCCUCCAUCCGUAUGUGAUCUCCUCUGACGGGAGAGCUGAAGUGAUGGCGGGUUGCGCGGAGGAUUCAUGGAUUUUUGCUUGACAGGCACCAGAAUCUUCUGUUGGAUUAGUUGAUUUAUUUAUAUAUGGGGGAUUUGCAUUUACCUACUGCAAAAUGCCAUUUGCCAAACGGAUCGUUGAGCCUCCGUUCCUGUGCAGACAUCCCAUCCCCAAUGAUGAAGGGUUGCUGUUCGAGGAUCUGUGCUCCAUCAGCAAUGUGGCUCUAUCCCGGACCCUGCGGCAGCUCUCCGACCUGGCCAAACACGCCUGUUCCUUAUUUCAGGAGCUUGAGAACGAAAUAGUCUGCACAAACCAACGGGUCUGGGCACUGCAGAACAAAAUAGGCAAAAUUCAGCAAAGCGCCAGUGCGCUGGAUCCGAAACUGGAGGCUGUGCCUGUUUCAAAUCUUGACAUCGAGAGUAAAUUGACGUCGCACUAUCUGGCUCCAUGGCAUCAGCAGCACAAUCUGUUCCACUCGUGUACACGACCACCAUGCCUGGAGGAGUUACACCGACAUGCCAAGCUCAACCUGCGGGCACUGCAGAGAGACCAGCAGCAGCGUCAGCGUUCAACCAGCAGAGAGCGUGGUCGGGUCACCAUAUCAAUAUCUGUGGCACCGCCCAUGCCAACCUACCCCUCAACUCACAAACUCAGAAGGCGCGAGCAGAGGGGCCGACACUCACGUCUGGCGGGUACCAACACGGAGACAGAUGGAGAAAUACCAGUGCUGAGCCACAGGCCUAAAUGUCCAGUUCCCAAUGUCCCUAACACCCUGGACAAACAGACGAAUUGGACCAAAGCCCUGCCUCUUCCCUCACCAGAAGAGAGAAUGAAGAAUGACUCUCAAGUGGUUUCAUCCUGUAUCAUUCCCAUCAAUGUCUCUGGUGUUGGAUUUGACAGAGAAGCCAGUGCUCGCUGCUCUCUUGUUCACUCGCAAUCGGUUCUACAGAGGCGUCGGAAACUCAGGAGGCGAAAAACGAUCACUGGCAUCCCCAAACGAGUUCAGCAAGACAUGGACUCUGAUGAAUCACCUGUGGCUAGAGAGAGAACAGUGAUUAUCCAUGCCAACCCACACAAGUCACUGUGGCAUGAGGAGCUCUCUCUGAGCGGCCGAGUUUUGCACACCAAGGACUCUGGAUGUCAGACAGAUGACUUACUGAUUGCUGCUCCAUCCAGGAGGCGUAUUCGUGCCCAGAGAGGUCAAGGAAUUCCAGCCUCUCUCUCACAUUCAACAGGAAACAUCACCUCCCUGCCGGAUCGUUCUGAUACGGUGUAUGCUGCAGCAUCAGCUAUGCGCAUCCGUUCUAGAAGCUUACCCCGUGAAGGUGGACGGCUUCUAGAUGAGGACCAAGAUGACAGUGAUGAUGAUGAUGAUGACGAAGAGGAAGAUGAGGAGCUCUCUCCUUAUGAGGCUGAGGACUUUCUGCCAGGCCCAGGACAGAGAAUCCCAAAGGAUGAGGAGGAGAGUACCGACGACCAGGCCAUGCCAGAGCUCCAGUUUGGAAGUCUCAAGCGUAUGCAGCACUCUGGGAGCCCUGACCAUGCAUGGAUUGAGAGAGGCAGAUCCAGGCUCCCACGCAAAGUUGACAUGGGGAGCUGUGAGAUUUCCUCCAGCUCAGAUACUUUUAGCAGCCCCAUCCACUCUGCCUCGACUACAGGAGUGCUUGGCAGCCAGAUCGACCAUAAAGAGGAUCACCAGUCCUCAAGUGGCAACUGGAGUGGAAGUAGCUCCACAUGCCCAUCACAGACAUCUGAGACUAUCCCGGCUGCUGCCUCACCUCCCCUGACUGGAUCCUCACACUGUGAUUCAGAACUUUCCCUCAAUACUGGCUCCCAUGUCAUUGAUGACAGCACUGGCUUUAUAACUGACCCCUGCCACAUGGACAAGCCACAAGGACAGGGGCACAGGUCCAAUUCUUUCACCUCAUCAGCAACUGAUCAGUUGGAUGAUGCAGGGGUCAGCACUGCAAGUGAUGGUGAGUGGAACUGCACCCAGGACAUACAGGAUCAGCUCUGCCCCCAAGAAUUCAGCCCAAAGCAUUCCAGAGAGGAUGAGAGUGGUGUCAGCUGUCCCAGUUAUUCCAGUGGGGAAACAUACGAGAGCUACAGUGAACAACUGUCCACUGGGAAAUCAGAGACACACUAUAUUGUUGACACUGAAGGAUUCUAUUCCUCCAUGCACUUUGAUUGUGGUCUUAAAGGUAGCAGAAGCUACUACAACUAUGCAGCCAUCGACCCUGACUGUGGCCCAUGUGGGAAUAUAGCACCUGUCAUGGGUGAAUACCCCCAGUCAGAAUACAGAGCUACCAGGACACUGGGGAGAACAUGUUUCUCUUUAAGAAAACCAAAGGCCAAACCACCCCCACCAAAACGUAGCUCUUCAUUAAAGGAAACAAGCAGCGGUGUGAACGUUCUAGAGCAGAACGAACCAAAGAUUACUAGCGAGCUGCCACUGCCCUUGUCUUCCAGAGAGAUGAAAUUGCAACUGAACUUAGCUGGUUCUGCAGGGAACCUUGAGACUGCAGGUCUUGAGUCACUUGGCGCAUGGGGAGUGGAGAAUGUUACAGAUAUACUCGACUGCUCCUCUCCAUUCAGUUCCUCAGACACGCAUUCCUUCAAGGACGAAGGUGCUGUGCAAGCAGACUAUGCAGACCUCUGGCUCCACAAUGACUUGAAAUCCAAUGACUCUUACAGGUCACUGUCCAACUCUAGCGCUGCUACAAGUACAACUGUUCUCGAAUGCAUCAAGUCACCAGAAAAUGCAGAAGUGCAAGCCUGUCGACCCAGGUCCAGACCUACUUCCCCAACUCUUCCUCCACCUGAGGGUGACUUUAAGCUGAGUUCUCCUGAAAAGCUGGCAGGCUUGGCGUCCCCUUCUAGUGGAUAUUCCAGCCAAUCAGAGACACCUACAUCUUCCUUCCCCUCUGCUUUCUUUCCAGGACCGCUGUCUCCAACCAGCGGCAAGAGAAAACCCAAAGUACCUGAAAGGAAAUCCUCACUUUGUUCUCUCCAACAGCCACAGUUUUCUGUCAGAGAUCCAGGCAGGAGAGAAACUGACUUCCAGGCCAUACCCCCCAGUCACCUCGACCUUAGUGCUCUUCUCAGCAAGCAGUUUCCUUACAGGAAUCAGAUGCACAUUCUCCACCAGAACAAGCAGAAAGCUGCAAUAGCUGCAGCUGCUGCUGCAGAAGCUCGCAAUGCAGUUGCCGCAUCUUCUACAGAAAGUGCAGCAAGUUCGGAAUCUGGUUCAGCCCAUUUGGCCAUCACUCCAACUGUUCUUAGAUCCGUGCAACUGCGAUCUAUUUGUAGACAAGUUGAUGGAAACAACGAGUAUGAUCUGGUCAGUGUUAAUCAAGCAGCUCGUCCCAGGUGUCCCAUAGUAAAUGAUCCCCUAUCCUCUCGCAACAAGUACAACAGGAAACCGCCAGCCUAUAAACCCCCAGCAGUGCAGCUCUGUGAGUCGCAGGUUCCACUGACAGACAAUGUUGUUCUUCCCCAAGAGGAGGUGAGAGUGAGACAGCAAAAGCUUGGUCCUGGUACUUACUGGGCAAUGACUGCCUUCAGAACACCUGUAGACCCUACUCCUGAAAAAGAUGAACCUUUAACCAGAUCGUCUCUAAGUUCUGAGAUGCUCAGGUCUCAGCAAGAACAAGACAACAGAAAGUUCCAAGAUGAGCAACUGGCAUUUUCACCAGAGAGACUUAAACAAGUACUUCAUCAACUAACACAGCCAGACUCUUCAACAGAGCCCCUGUGUUUGGCCAGCACAAUGCCACCCCCAGCUUACAGGGAGAUUCCGAGGAGCAAUUUUGUACUGUGCAACAGUCCUGUCAAAGUGCCUGUUUCUACUCAAGAGGCAUCGCACACUUACACAAUCAGCGAUGUACAAGGCAGAGAGGAGGAUUAUGAGACAUCAGGUAUUGCAACCAGAAGUGCCUCACAGGACAUAAGGGAGGAAGGGUCAACCCCAGAAACAGAGGACUACUUCAGUAAAGAGUCUACUCCCAGUGAAAAUUCAACAUCUCCUUUGACCGAUGACUCUAAACCUGAUGAUGAUGACGAUGAUGAUAGUGUUUUCCCAUCUCCCAACAAACUACGCACAACUGAAGAUCUGUUUGCUAUGAUACACAGAUCUAAACGGAAAGUGCUCGGACGUAAAGAUUCGGGGGAGCUGAGUGUAAAAAGUCGACCUGGUGUUGUACCUGCAACAGCCCCUGUCUGUAAUCCUCCUUUAUGCCUGGUCAUCCCUGCUGCCUCAGUCCCUCCAAACAUCUCCCAGCGAGCCUCAGGACCCAUCUACAGAAGUGCCAAAAAGUCCAGCACGUCCAGUGAGGAGUUCAAACUCCUGCUACUGAAGAAGGGUAGUCGCUCAGAUUCGAGUUAUCGCAUGUCUGCUAUAGAGAUCCUGAAGAGCCCUGUCACACCCAAGUCUCAAGGAGAGCUGCUAUUAGAGACUGCAGGGCAACCAGAGGAGCCCUCCUUAACCCAACAGGAAUCUCCUGGUGGUGAGGAUCCCCUUCCGAGUCCAUUUCCUAAAGCUAACAGUGAGGGAUUCUCCCCGAAAACACUGACCAUGUCAGCUGCUUCUAGACAGGGACGAUCUAGAAUUCCACCUGCAGCAAACAGCAGCCGCUAUAGCACGCGGAGUCGGCUCUACACAGCCCCAAUGCAGGCCAUAUCAGAAGGAGAGACUGAGAACUCGGAUGGAAGUCCACACGAUGACCGCUCUUCCUAGUGGCAUAAACAUUUUCACUAAGCAAAAUGAUAAAUUAAAACAUUUGGGAGUUCUAUAUGAACUGAAUGAAAGUGCUGUACACGAAUUAUGAUCUACAACAUUUUUCCCUCUAAAAUGUUUGCUGCAUCAAAAAUCUUGAUUUCUUUUAGCUACUUUUAUACUCUAGAGGUCAGAUGAAAACUGGAAAGAAAAUAAUGCAUUAAUGAAUUGUGUGGAUUGUUGGCAUUUUGUCAUCAUUGAAAAAUGACUUUCGUCAUAAUCCCACUUUUAUUUGCUCACAAAAUAAGAAUGCGAUAUCAAUUGUAUUACAGUCUUUGUUAAGACAUUGGAAAAAGUUUACUUAUUGCUUAUUUAAUAUAAUGGAAAACAAUCCUAUUUCCAUCAUCCCAUCACAAAAAUAUGGUUUGAGUGGUAUUUAAUGAUCCAAGGUGCAGAGUUCUUGUGGGUGUCCAUAAAUUACAGUGUAAUUUAUAGAAAUGAAUCUGUAGGCAUUAGGCUUAAGCUGAGUCACACUAGCCGAUUUUUCCAGCGAUUUUCAGGCGUAACCUUCAUUUACUUUAUCACCGGCCAGUAGGUGAGAGAUGGAGCUCUGAUUAGCGUUUCCAAGCAAGAGGUCAUUUAUCCCUUGGCAACUUGGACUCCAUGUUGAGUUAAUGGCACUGAAAACUGGAAAAGCAGGACAAACUUGUUAGUAAAAAACAUUAUGUCUCUGGGCUGGGCUCUUGUGAUCUCAUCAAGUGACCAAUUAGCUUUUUUUUACAGAAGAACUAACAAGACGUCAUGCUGAUCUGAACAUUUACAUCAGUACAUCAUCACAAACACAGAUUCAAUGAUUUUUUUUAAAUUAGAAAUUUCAGCUUUAAACAUUUCAGCAAAAAUCAGCUUUACUGAGGACAAUCGCGCCAUGGCCUUUCUCAGCAGGGUGUGUAAGUGUGCAAGGGAAAAGGCUUUUGAUAUAAAGGAAGCCAGAGAUGUUAUAAACAUAAGUCUAGAAGUGGACUGGGUUGCAAAAUCCUUAAAUUCUUUUUUUAAAUUAAAUUAUAAUACCUUAAAUAUACUUGAGAUGGAAUACUGUUAUCGAUUUACCACUAGAAAUCAAGGCAAACGGACAUACAGUAAGUAAUACAUUUUUAGUUUUCAGAUUACAUUAAUGGAGCAUCUGUCACAUGUGUGUUUGACUCUUUGUGAGGUGUUUUUUUUUUUUUUUUUUUUUAUGCUGUUUGAAUCUUGGACUGAGCCAAAAUCAUUCCAAAAUUAAACCCUUGUACCUGUGUUUAGUUUACCAUUUUUUCAAAGACCCAAAUUGGGUUGGAUAUUUGUCACGUUUUUACAACCAGAGUCCAACAUGGAAGAAUAUUUUGCUUCAAAAGAAAUGAGGACUUCAGAGAAACUUCAGUCUCAAUGUAUUCUGUGAAUACCCUUAAAAUCAAGCAUACUGUUCAACUGAAGAAGAAUGGAUUCACUUUUAAAGGUCUUCUCUGAGUUCCAAACUCCUAGGAAUUAGCUAGAUUUGUCAAUCCUACACUGUGCCACUAAAGGGAAGGUAACAAGCUGUUAAAAGAUCAUCCGUUGGUCAUCAGUUUCUGAUGUUCACUGUGUUCGUAAUUCAGUUGCUUCAUCCUGUGUACAGCAUGCAAUAAAACACAAGAACAUGUCAAGUAGACAUCUCCACCAAAAAAAAAUUAUUUUCACUUUUACUUAAAUUUGUUGAGUAUGUUCUAUGUUCGGUAAAUGUACAAAAUGUGUAAGAUUUGUUGAAAUUUGCAGUUUUCACAUCAUUGUACACACAGUUUGAGCUUUAUCCCUAAAGUGGAGGAACUAGGCAAUCUAAUGUAAUGAAGCACCGUCCAUGUAAAAGAAUGGAGCUUGGAAAGAACAGAUUUAGGCAGAAGGGAAUAUUAUGGGGCCAUUGUUUUAAUACUUCUAUUUAAAUGAAGAUGGAAUUCAUUCUACUGUGAACACAAAAUGUUUGCCUCUGUCACCAUUUGAUUGCAUUUAAUUUUUGGGUGAACUAAAUUGACUGCAAACAAGCAGCGGUGGUUAAGUUGGUUGCUCAUCUGUAUAUACACCGAUCAGCCACAACAUUAAACCACCUGCCUAAUAUUGUGUAGGUCCCCCUCGUGCCGCCAAAACAGCGCCAACCCGCAUCUCAGAAUAGCAUUCUUCUCACCACAAUUGUACAGAGCGGUUAUCUGAGUUAGGUCUACAUCUACACGAUAUUAGGCAGGUGGUUUUAAUGUUUUUGCUGACUGGUGUACAUGGAUGUUUGACUUAUGUAAUAUUUCAGCCUUUUUUCUCCACUGUUGUUGGCUUGUCAUGUACUGUUUGUCCAUUGAAUUUGUAUUGUUUUUUAUGAGGAGAGAUAUUAUCAGAUAUUUUCUCAUACAAUCUAGGUGCUGCAAUGCGCCAGAACCACGUCUUUUCUUUCCUUAUUUCUCCUUCAAUAUAAACCUGUCUAAUGGUUGUCGCAAUUAACUUUGCUUUAUGACUAACGACUUUUGGACGUGCAGACGUUCUCUCCUUUUUUUCCUCUUGUGUCCAUGCACUAGAACUAAAUCUAUAAAGUCUUCUUUUAGAUUGCAACAUUUAAUAGGGAAAAUAUAUAUAUAUUUUUAAUUAUGGAAUAUUUUAUCCAGUGAAGUAUUUUGUUAAUACAUUUGGAAAAGAAUAAUGAUAAAGCUUUAUUUAAGUAAAAAUAAAAAUGUUUGAACAUACGUAAUAUCAGGGGUGUAUCGGCCAAUGAUAAAGAUACAGAACAUGUAAACCUUUCUAAUUAGCUGUAAAGUUGCAUUUUUAACAAAUAAGCUACUCUUUAUGUUAUGUAACUGCUGUUAAAUGUUUUGGUGCUUUGAAUUCUAUACCCAGGCCAUAUUCUAUCAUUUUUGCCAUCCAAAAAAAGAGAAGAAACAAAAGAUUACCGUUACACAACACUCGUGAUAACUCAAACAAAGUUCAGAUAUGUAGCAAUGUAUAUGUCUUUCUGUUUUUAUUUCAGUUUUCAUACAGUAGCCACAUUUGAGGUAUCACCUAGUGGUACCCGUAGUGAAGCUGACCAGACAAUUUCGGCCUUGCGUUCAGUCUAAAUAUUCAUGAAAAAACAAAGGAAAAUCACAUAGGGGGCCAUUUCUUUGGACUGUUUUAAACAUGUAAGAUACUUUACAAAACUGAUCAUAUCAAUAAAGAAAGAAGUUAGGAAACAAAAAAUACACUCUGUUGAAGAGUUAUUUUAUUGUUUUCUUUCCUUUGUUGUAACUGAAGUGUCAUAAUUCAUCUUGGACUAUUUAUAUGGUUUUGAUUUUAAUAAAAGCGUUGUUGAAUUACUCUACAUUAAUGGAGAAGCACAGUCUGUUUUUGCCAAAGGGUUUCAGAUGUGUAUUGGUGUGAUAUAAUUACAAAUUACAAACAGUGAAUUGAUGAAUUAAAAAAUGAGGGUUAAAGUGAAAAUGUAUUGGAACAAGAUGCAUCUCAUUCAGUUACAAUAAAUAGGAAACAAAUCUCACUCAGCAUACAGGCUCCACUGCAAGAGAUUUGAAUCCAUUUUGUAUUUUUGUAUAAACCUGUACAUAUGAUCUUUUUAAAGUAAAAAAAAAAAAAGAGAGAGAGAGAGAGAGAGAGAGAGAAAAGACACAAAUGUUUCCUUUUUUUAAAAUGUUUUAAAAGUUUACAUUAAUUCCAAGCCUUUGUAUAUUUUUGAGCUGUGCAACUCUCUGAGUCCCGUAUUUAUUUUUUAGUAAACAUUGUGGGAAUUCCAUUGUAAAUUUUAACCAUUUCUUGCCAGCUCAAGUGACUGCUUAGUAACUGUGCAUAGAGAAAGCCAAUAAAUGUGACUGCAUUGGAAAAUAA